AUGAAAGGGAUAAUUUUGUUUUUGAAGAUAAUUUUAUUUAUGAUAUUUUCAUUACAAGAAUUUUUAUUAUCAUCUAAUAUAAAUAUAAAUAAAAUAUUUUUAUUGUUAGUAGACAUUUUAUUACUAAUAUGUUUAGCAUAUUAUCUUAUAAGGUCUAUAAAUAAUAUGCAAAUGUAUAUAAUAUAUAUAUAUAGCAUAGUAACAAAAAUAACGAUAAUAUAUUUUUUAUCAUUUCCUCAAUAUAUAAUAAACAGCAAAAAUAAUAAUAUCAACAAUUUUAACAAUAUUAACAAUAUAAACAAUAUUAAUGAUGCUUAUAAUAGUGUUUUUAUUUCUAAUUAUUAUAAUAUAUAUAACGACUAUGCUUAUUCUUACAUCUCAACAUACUAUAAUACAUUCAACAAAAAACUUAUGAUUGUUACAAUAUGCAUUCUUAUUACUAUUUUAGUUUAUAUACUUUUAUUUUAUAUAACCGAUUUUUAUAUUUUAAAUAUACAUAAGAUUAGCAUCGAGCAUAUAUUAUUCUUUUUAAUUAUAACUCAUGUUUCUAUUGAUUUUAUUGAUAUAUCUCAAUUUUUUUAUUCUUCUUAUUCUUAUUUUUUUUUAUAUUAUUUCCGUCUAAAGGAUGAAAUAUAUUUAUUUAAAGACACACAUAUUUUUUCAGACAAAAUUUUAAAUAAAAAUAAAAUAUUACAUUUUUAUAAUUCAACUAUAAAUAUAUUUGAAGUUGUAUUUAUAACAUAUGGUGUCUUGAUAUCUUUAAAUAUAUCACUACAUGCAUAUUCCUUCCCGAAUUAUUCUUAUGAAGAAAUCUCAUCGAUUUUAAGAAUUCAACAAAAUGAUAUUAAUAGAAAAUUUAUGAAACACAAAUCAUCAUUACAUAAUAAUCUACAAAAUAAUGAGGACCAUAUAUACAAUUAUAACUCAAAUAAAUAUAAUAUAUACAAUAAUCAAGAUGAAAAUAAUAUUUAUAAAUAUAUUAAGACAUCUAACAUUAUUAAUAUAAACAAAUAUAACAAUCAUUUAUUAUCUAAUAAUGAUUCAUAUAAAUAUAUUAAUUCGGAUAUAUAUUAUAAUAAUAAUACAUCUAAAAAAAAAAAAAUUAAGAAACAAAAAUGCUUCUCUAAAAUUGCAGGAGAUGCUAUGUCAUGUUUAAAAUAUAUAAGUAUAUAUAGUUUUCUUUUAACCGACAUAUCUUUUUUCUUAUCUCGUCUCCUCCUAUUUGUAAUGCUACAAACUGUAUCAUGCUCUCUUUUAUUCAUGAUAAAAAAUAUCUGCUUCAUCAUAAUACACGGAGCAAGAAUUUAUAGGAAAUCCAAAUAUCAUAAUCAUAAAAAAAAAAAAAAACAAACAAAAAAAAAUAUACAUAAAAAUAGCACAAAUGUAGACGAUUAUAAAAAAAAAAAAAAAUUUCAAGAUGUACCUUUAUUUUCAAAUAAAGAUAUAGAAACUAAAAGUAGCAAGAAAAAAUGUGGUAGUAGUAAGGAUAUAGACAAAAUGGAUAUUCAUUCUAAUAAAAAUAUAUAUUUUGAUAAUAUAAUCCCAUCUGAUAAAAUAAUCCAAUCUGAUAAAUUUUUUUUUGCUUAUACUAGCCGAUUUAGUGAUAUUAUAAAUAUAAACGAAAUAGAUUAUAUGCAUUACAACAGAAUAAACCAUUUUAAUUAUGAAAAAAUAAAAACGUCUUUAUAUUUUUAUUUUUUAAAAUAUAACGGAAUAAGCUUUAAAAAAUAUAUAUCAUGUUAUAUAGAUAAUAUUGAGAAAUAUUCAAUGAGGUAUUUUUUUAUUAUUUUUUUCUUUUUUAUUUUUAUAGCUAUAAAAAUUACUAUUCUUGUUAUUACAUAUACAUUUCAUUUUGAUGAUUUAUUUAAUAAAUGUAUAUAUGAAUUUACUUAUAAUCAUAAUUUUAAUAUUAUAAAGUCAUGUGUAAUACUUAAAAUUAAUUUUAUUAUUAUUAUAUCAUAUACAUUAUCUUCAUUUAUUCUAUAUAUAUUUACUUCAUCUUUUUUUGAUGCUAUAUUUAUGCCAAUCCUUCACUUUUUCAAUAUGCUUUCAUAUACAUUCGUGUUAAUCAUAAUGUCUCAAUACAAUCCAUCCUACGAUUUUCUGAAUUAUUUUAAUAGAAGUAAGAAUAUAGCCAUCGUCUUAUUGGUUUUUAUAUAUCUAGUUUAUUUAUUCCUUGCAGAUCUAUAUAUUUUUAUCUACAUGCUACUAGGAAGAAGAUAUAUCACAUAUAAAUACAAGAAAAAUAUAAAAAAAAGAAAAGAUGAUGAUAAUAAGAAUAAUAUUGAAAAUAUAAAUAACAAAACAAAUUAUGUAUCAGAAUCUAUAUCUGUUAUAUCAUCAUUAAUUAUAAAAUUAAUUAUAUAUAUGAAUUCUCCUUUAUCAUUAAAUAAAAUAAUUAUUGGAAAUAAUUUGAUAAAAAAUACAAGAUUAGAUAAUUUCCUUUUUUUUUCUCACAUUAAAGAAAUAACAGUUAAAUUAAUUUUGUAUUUUAUUUGUCUAUUUAUAUCUUUAAGAUAUAAAUAUAUAAAUAUUUUAUUUAUAUUAACUCUCUUCUUUAUUAAUAUAAUAUUAUCUACCCUUUAUUUAAUAUUUUCAAAAAUAAAUAGAAAUGUCGCCAUGGAAUAUAUAUUUGCACAGGCAAUAUAU